UUAUAAACAACUGCCAAGCGGUUUGGAAAGCACAGCGAAACGCGAACAACUUAGGAAGUCCGAAGAUUGCUAAUCGGGCGGCACUUUCACCCACUUCGGCCGGCCUGAGCGCGAAGGCGGCGGGCGCCGAGCAGCAGCAGCUUCGUCGACGGAAGUCAACAGGAAAAGGAAAAAAAAAAAAACAACAACACAACUCGGAGAAGUUCGUCGAGCCGCCUUGAAAUCUCGGCGAACGCAAAGAGCCGCCUGACGCCCCGCGGCUUCGCUUCACUUUCCCCAAGUUGAACGGGCGGGGGUGUGCGGAAUGGCGAACAGCGCCGACCCGACGAGGCCCCGCGUGUGCUGCCUGCAGAAAGGCGCCGACGGCUACGGCUUUCACCUGCACGGGGAGAAGAACAAGACGGGCCAAUUCAUCCGGCUGGUGGAGCCCGACUCCCCCGCCGAGCUGGCCGGGCUGCGCGCCGGAGACCGUCUGGUGUCGGUGAACGGGGAGAACGUGGAGAGCGAUAGCCACCAACAGGUGGUGGCCCGGAUCCGCGCCCAGGCAGUCGAGCUGCAGCUGCUCGUGGUGGACCGCGACACGGACGAGUUGCUCAAGAAGCGCGGCCUCAAGUGCCUGGAGGAGUACGCGGUGUCCGGCAUCCCCGAACCGGACCGGCUGGCCGACGACGACGACCAGGCAGAGGAGGACGAGGGGGACCCGGCUGUCGUCCGGAAGAACGGGGAAGAGGCGCCCGAGGCGGAGAGCCCAACCAGCAGCGGCACGGACAAGGAUUCCACCGAGGAGCGUCGCCCGCGCCUGUGCCACAUCAGGAAAGGCUCGACUGGCUACGGGUUCAACCUGCACAGUGAGAAGUCGAAGCCCGGGCAGUUCAUCCGAGCCGUGGACGCGGACUCCCCUGCCGAGAAGUCGGGCCUGCGCCCACAGGACAGAAUCAUUGCGGUGAAUGGCAUGUCGGUAGAAGGGAAGCAGCACUCGGACGUGGUGACCGCCAUCAAGGCCAGUGGCAGUGAGACCAGGCUGCUUGUCGUGGACCCCGACACUGACGCCUUCUUCAAGAGGUGUAAAGUGACCCCCACGGAGGCCCACCUGACAGGUCCCUUACCAGAGCCGGCUGUCAAUGGAGAAGCGGAAGAGAAGGUAAAUGGAAAGGAGGCCAAGGAGGACGAGUCCAAGAAGUCCGUGAGUCCGACGCCGUCCAACGCCUCGUCCAACACCUCGCUGACCACCGAGACGCCACCUAACGAGAAGCCCACCGAGUCGGCGCCCAUCGAUGAGUCGUUACUGACGCUCAACAUCUCGCUGCAGCAGGCCAAGGAGCGCGCCCACCAGAAGAGGUCCAGCAAGAGGGCGCCCCCUAUGGACUGGAGCAAGAAAAACGAACUGUUCAGCAACCUGUGAGCCCCGCGGCUCCCUCCGCCUCCUCCUUUUCUCUCUCCUUUUGAUUUUACUUUCCAAUUGCAUUCCACGUUGAGAUUUGACUUUUGUAAAGGCGACAUUUUUACAUAAUGAAGGUGGGAGGACCAGCGUGACGGCGCGUGCGCGUGUGAGUGUGCGUGAGUGUGCGUGCGUGCGGGUGAGCGCGUGUCUGUGAGUGAGUGAGUGAGUGCGCGCGCUUGUGUGCGAUCACACGGCUCGGCUUGAACCCGGGGACGUCUCUCUGGCCCGAUGACCACUUUCAGGCUCUCAUUGUCUUGUCACCUCGCUCCGCCCGGUCACCCGCUGGCACAGUUGGCACCCUACCCAAUAAACGUGGCCGUAAUGCUUUGAUGUGGGAAGCGCACGGUCCUCGGGUUCAAGUCAAGUGUGUGUGUGUGUGUGUGUGUGUGUGUGUGUGUGUGUGUGCCAGCCAUCAGUCAUCACGACUCGCUCUACAGUCCCCACCAGGAUUUUGGAACUGGAUGUGAGUGCCACCUGGUGUACAGGGAGUGCCAGGGCCAAACCUCUUACUGCCCAUGGGAGUGGGCAGAGAGUGCCAGCCUGGCAUCGCUGCUGUGACACUGUCCCACCUCGUGGCUGCUCAAGGCUCAUAAUGGACAAAGUGCACUGCUUAGCUGGCCACAAGCCCUGCCCAUGUAGACUGGCACCGGGUGGUUAUUUAGUUGGUGUCUGUUUAGGGUUUGCUGAUGCUGAAUUGUGACCAAUGAAAAUCAGAUGAUCUAACAAUGAAAGAAAUCAAUAAAUGAGUAUCAACCUGCAG